AUGCUUCCGAGUUGGGUAGAUUGGGAGGAGAAGAAAAGCAUCACGGAGCUCGAGGGCCGGUUUUGGGGGGAGGGUGAGGAAAGAGGGGAGUCGGGCUCAUUUGGUACUGCCAACAAGAGAGUCCUUCUGACUCGAAUGCAGCAUGAAGCCUUACGUCGUUCUGCUGAACGAGUGUCUCGGCAGCACCGAACCGGUACUACGAGGCGUUAG